GGUAUAAAGUGAAGGUUGACUUGAAGGUUCUGAAACAUCUACGUAUUUGCUAGUGCCCAGCCGUAAUCAUAUUUACUGACCUUAAGGCCCCAUAUGAAUCUAUAAAUCAACAGGUCCUAUCAGGAACGUUCAUUAAGAGGUGCAUUAACGUACCAAAGGUCUCUCAAUCGGACAUUAUUUGUCUCGCCAAAGUUCUAUUUGAUUUGUCAUUUAAACUGAUUACAUCAACUGUUCUUCUGGGUUCAGUUUUAGUACAGACAUUUUAAAGAUUUGUUUUCUGCCUAGAAACGUAUAGGCUCAAAGUGAGAAGAUAAUAGUUCUUACACUGGCAAAAUAUAGGGUUGCCUAAAUAACAGUACAUGAAUGUUUGGGAUGUUGUCUUUUAUGAUUAAUUUUCGUGUUAGCUCCGUACUUGUUGAGACCUUACUGCCGAGGACGGAUAUCCGUGGGAUAAGGCGAGGUGUACAUUUUUACGGUGGACCUUUUCUAACCCUACCAUUCCUUGUGGGAAGGCAGCAUCGCUGUUAUGCUGGUUGUCUGAAGGAAACACCUAACUGCCGUCACACUUUUGUACAGUCAGCAGUACGACUUCACACUCAAACCUUGGUUUUGCUGCUUUUAGUCUUACCGCUCUUCAACCGACCUGUUGGGCAUGGUGGGACCUUGAGGAACGACUGUUCCAGCCAGAAUAGCUUAAUCGAUCCAUCAAGAUAGGCAAGCCCGACCCCCGAAUGCCCUGGUACGGCCGAGUGGGGGGGGGUCCGCUUCCCUCUCGAAGUGCUCUCACAUGGCCACGGGUAUAUAGCCACGGCCAGGGAAGUCCUAUUCACUGCUUCAGUAUCCUAAAGAAACAAAUGGAGUAUGAACCGAUUAUUGGUCAAAGUCUACCAUAGGACUGCAUCUCCUCACGUCGCUCCGAGUGUGGCCCCCUAAGAAAACCACCUGCUUCGGUUUGGGCACCUGGACAGUAUCACAGCCCUCACAUAAAUUAGAUGAAAUUUGUGUGGCGCAUAUGUAUCUGGUGCCCCCUUAUACCAUGUGUUGGUCCACCACGUCAAGGUAGCAACAACGGUCGGGCUCAGAAUCGAUCACAGUGGCGUAGGUGUAUACACUCUCUAUCUUCCCUUAAGCUAAGAGAUUAAAAUCGCUUCAUAUCUUUCUUUCUACGAACUAAUUCUUUGUUCCUGUACUAUGUUCUUAUAUACAAUCUUUCUUUUACAUAUUACCACCACUACUUCUAUGAAUCCGGUAUUCAUCUUGUUGUGCUAAUGAGGUAUGGAAACUUGAACCGAUGCACAUGUGUACCUGGUCCUUCGUUAUAGCUGACUGACUGAUUGAUGUUGUCUUUUCUACAUAAAUCCAAGAUAUUGCUUCAAAUCCGGUCUGCAUCAGUAGCCAGUCAAAAUACAACGGAUUAUUUGGUCAUCCUGACCACUUAAUUUACUUGUGAAGUCUCAUAGGUUUUGGUGAGUCAAUGGCAAGAUAACGACAUGGAUACAAGAGCAUUGUUAAGUGAAGGGAGGAUGUUAGGCUAUUAAUCACAUAGCAGAUACAUUAUACAUAAUUUUGAUUGUAAUAGGCCUUUGGAGAUGAUUGUUACGUUUUUGAUGGAGUUUUGUUCUCUGAGCUGGAUGGUUUAGUCGUGGGGCUUUCAUCGUUCUUCUGAACGACAUCAUCAGCACAAACUGCAGAUGCUUUGUUGUAUGAACUUACUUACUCAUUGCUCUUCGUCUAGUUUCCCAAAUCAACUGCAUCUGCGGUAAACAAGUUAUUUUAGUGAGCAUGACAUAAUUAUGAAGUUCUUUUUGUGCUUGAAAUCUUGUUCUAUCGUUGGUGCUAUUUACUUUUAGAGCAACGUUAAAAUGUCCAAAUUUUAAAAUAUGUGAUAUCAGUUAGUCAUAAAUUUCAUCAUACCUGUCGAUUUAUUUUGCCUUGUAGUUGUUAUUAAGAUAUUUUAUGUUAGAUGAUAAAAGAGCAUAUGUAGAUGUCUUUUUCCUGUACGUCAUAUGGCUAAUCCAUUUGACGAAACAAUAUUAGAAGGAUUUAUAUGUCCAAAAUGUAUGGUUACGUUUGGAACUCCUGAUUUAUUGAGUCAACAUUUCAAAGUAGAACAUCGAAGUAUCAAUAUCCCAGAAAAUGGAGAAUGCUUAUCUGUAACUAAUCCUGUACUCAAGACACAAGCAGAUCCAAAUACCUCAACUGCAUUUUACGAUCGAAAGAAUGAAAUUCAAUCAAUUGGCGUUUAUCAGUCUCUGACGUCGAAAUUCAUACAGUUGCGGAAAAAUCAUGUUAAUCGCAGUUCAUUAGAAACAAACCGUUUGUUAAUACGUUUGGAAAAAUUAAUUGACGUAGCAGAAACACAUGAAAGUGACCGAAAAGUAUUUGAACAAGCCAUUGUACCGUGGAUUGAUGCAAAAGUAGACCUUUGUCCAUGCUGUGGUAAGGGAUUUGGUUUAGGCGCUGAAAUAGCUUUCCCAGAUGAAGAUGACGUGUACUUGAACUCCACAGAAAACAAUGCAAGCAUUUCUAGGUUUUGGCCUAACAAAAUUAGUGUCACUCGUUUAACAAACGCUAUUCUGGACUAUAAUCCUGUAUACCGCAGGCGACAUCAUUGUCGUUUAUGUGGAUAUGUUUUGUGUGCCGACUGCAGUUAUUUUAUUUCUAUACGUAAUGCUCGUGGUCUUCUACAUGCUCUUAACGGACAAGAUUUAUAUCUUUUUCCGGUUCCUUCGAAUGCAUCUGAUACUAAUGAUCAUCCAAAUUACUUACUGGAAUCAGAAGUUAUUUUUCGAGAAGGAAAUAUUUCUACCUCCCGAAACGGUUAUGAGUUGCGUAUAUGUCCUAUUUGUAUAAACAUUUUGAAGAGGAAAAUUAGUAGUUUGAAAACGUUACCAAUCAAUACCCCAAUUAUCCAAAUGCAUAUAGAAUUCAAGGAAUUAAUGAAAAAAGUUUGUGAAUGGAUACCUUCCUAUACCAUUAUUGCUGAGAGUCUAAACUCCGGGGAACAAAAAUAUACGCUAGAAUCUGCUAGAUCUAUGCACUCCGAUUUGUUGCAAGCAUUACAAAAAAUUGAGACACUCGGACGACAGUUUGCAAAAUACAGUGAACCGAAUUCAGAACUUUAUGUCAACAGAAUAGUGGCGCGCUUGACAUCAGCAGUUUAUCGAAGGGCGAGACAUUUUGUCCAAAAUUAUCUCCCACCUUUGCAAACUCUUCCUACACUCAGACAAUAUGAUAACCUUACUUCACAACGCAAGGCUGAAUUGGCAGUUAGAUGGUCUGAGGAAGACAAAGCUCUUGCAGAACUGAUGGAGCGAGUAUCAGGUAAACAAAACUUUGCAAACAUGGAUCCAGCCAUUAAUCCUACUGCCAAAAUAUGGCAAAGGUUUUCCCAACUACCUACAUCGAUGCCCAACACUUAUGAGAAACACCAAGGAAAGAAAACUACAAUAGAGUACUUAAGUGAUAUAGCGAAUAAGAUGGAUCACGUUUCUGGACAACUGAUGACUGCACACAAAGAAGGUCGACUGCGAACUGCAGAAGAGCUGGCACAAAAACUCAACCAACUCGAACAAGAAUUUCAGAAUAUCAGUUCUAGUCUUAACGACAGUGAACUCCCAAAAUAGCUGUACAUGUUGACAAAGCAUUCAAAAUGGCACAAUAAAACAAACAUUUGAAAAUCUGAUUGAUUUAUUAUACUUC